GAUAAUACAAAAAAAAAUAAAAGAAAAAAUAACACAAGCACAUGACAUGUGCUUGCUUACACAUCCCAUGCAAAUAGAGUAUCCAUUAAUUAUUCCGCAAACUUCUCUUACACUAACAAAGCACCACUUUUCAAUAAUAGAUGAGCAUUUGUCUCAUUUUCUUUUUUUCAUUUUCUUAGUUUAGUUCUGAUAAAACCUGACUCAAAACAUAUCCAAGAGAGGGAGUUUUGCUAGGUCACGUCGAACAUCUUACAAACAUUUAGUGACAAUGUCAGAAAGAUCAGAAGACAAAACUAAAGGAGUCAGAUCUUCAAAUUUAAUCGUAAAGGAGAGCUCGCAGGUCAAUUCAUCAUCGAGAAUCUAUUACUACGGAGGAGCUUCCGUGCCGUUUCUAUGGGAGACACGGCCAGGCACACCUAAACAUUCUCGUUUCUCUGAUUCAUUUCAUCUUCCGCCCUUAACGCCGCCUCCCUCAUAUUACUCCUCCUCCUUGUCCUCGGGGAACAUACUGAGCAAAGAUAGAACGAAACAAACUCGAUCAGUGAAGACCCUUUUCAACCCAAAGCGUCACGUGUCGCGUCCUUCGUUUUCUUGGUCGUCGUCUACAACGUCUUCUUCUUCUUCUUCCUCCUCCUCUUCUUUCGCGUCUCCUCGGUCUAAGUCACUGCAACGUGCCAAAAGUUGCUAUUUUUCUUGCUCGAGAUCGCAAGUUAAGGAAGACGACGAGGAAGAGAUUGGUUUGUCCUCGCCGACGACAGCGUUGUGUUAUAAAAGAGGGUUUAGCUCAUCAGUGGGAAGUAUCAAGAGGGUUUUGUGUUCUGUUCUUAGCCAUCGAUCUAGUCGUAAUGAUCUUAGAUUGAUUUAAUUAAUGGCAUGUUGUCCUAUUUCGGUUGUUCUUAUAAACACUAGGUUCUUGAUUUUAAGAACUGCUCUUUUAAUGUUUUGGCUUUUGCCUUUUUGAACACA